AUGCCGUGUUUCAAAGGCCUGGCCGUGAGCAUCCACACUCCGGAUGGCCCGAUUUCCGAAUACUCGAUCCAGCGGCAGUCGCGAGCGUCGCGCAUAGCGUGCUUCAUCCCCGUUCCUCCCCCCAAAGUCCCGGAUUCCUUAUCCAAGGGCAAACCCGAACAGUCAACUUUCGCAAUCUCCAUCACCCUCCUGAAUCCCAGCCAGGACGUCCCAUACUCGACCCCCAAGCCGACAGCAGAUUGCCCCUCCCCCAAGCCAAAGGUCGUCGGAGGAUUGCCAGGCCAGACCGGCGAGCGCGGUCAAUACUCCGGGGCGGUCGCGCCGUACCAGGCGUUGACGAACUCUCCGAACGAGACCGUGGCGGCCUACAUCUACUUCGAUGGCAGGCAGAAAGAAGAAGUGGCUACACUACUGCGGCGAGGGGAGGAGACCUGGGUGAACUCGCGCUGGGUCAGCGUGCCCGAUUCUGAGGGUGGUGGGAUCGCGGAGCGCGAGUUCCUCUUCCGCGAGGUUGGUCUAGAGCGCUGGCUGAACGGGUUAGACCUGGAAGGCAAGGACGCGGCCGCUAAGAUUGAGCGGCGACGGCAGAAGAUGGAGAAGCGUCGCGCAAAGCGUCUGGAAGAAGAUGCAAGUGGCAUGGAGACGGAAUUUAAUAACUCCAAGCCCAAGGCCAUCAUGCGCUAUGGGAAUGACGAGAAAGCGCCGCUGGAAAAUGUCUCGGAUGAUGACCUCUCCUCGGACUCGGAUGAUGAUGACCCUAUUCCUGAGACCGCCGGCCAGAUUAAGGUCGCUCUGUUCCGCGUGCUGGCGUCUGGCGAGAUAAAGCGAGGCGAGUAUUCUCCGCAGUUCGAUGCUCACGAUGAUGACGAGGAAGGUGGCCAUGGAAAUAGUGGCAAUGGAGAUGCCGAUGUCGACCAUACGACUAGUUUUGCGAAGCCCAAAACACUGGAUCCAAAAAGCAUUAGUACCCAAACGGUUACCGGCAUUGACCCCACAGACAAGCCCUACGCUAUUUUCACGUUCAUGUACCGGGGCGAGCGGCAACUGCAGAAGAUGGGUAUUCUGAAGGAUCCCAAAGUGCAAGAUACCCCGGCUGCGAAGCGGAAAUCAUUACAGGCAGAUUUUGCCAACCUUGGGCCUCUCAAGUCUGGUGGAACAGUUGGAUUCCUCAAUUUCCGUGACCAUGACUCUGGCCCAAAGAACAAGAAGGGCGAUGAUGACGGGAUGGAUAGCGAUGACGACGACACCGACAACCCCAUUCUGGGCAAGGCCGACGAUGAGGAGGCCAAGGAUGAUGACCGGUUCCUUUCUCCGGAUGAUAUCAAGCGCCAGGGCGAGCUGGCUGAUGGUGUGGAAAGGAUUCGGCUCAAGCGCCAGCACUCCGCCGAGCCCGUGUCCAGCAGUGGCGCCGAGUCCACCGACACGCCGGCCUCUGGAACGACGCCUCCUGCCACUACCGGACGCUCCACAACUCCGCCCAAGACUACCCCAGCAAAGCCAUCGGAGCCUGCCCCGCCCGUCGGUGGCGCCGCCGAUGCUUUUCUGGGCAGCCCUCUGAAGAAGCAACGCGCUAGUGUUUCCGGUGCGGAUGAGAAUGCCCUGCGUCGUCGCAUCGCCGAGUCAUCCGGCCGCAUCAACGAACUUCUUGGAGCCAGCGGUGACAGCAAGUCCGCUGGCACUGGGUCAUUCGGCGACAAGCUCAACUCACAGACGCCCAGCGUCUCUCCACAGAACGACGACGAGGAGCUGGAGGAGUUGUAA